CCAAAAUGGUCAUUGAAUGUUGUGCUGUAAAUUCGGUCGGACAAAUUUAACUUUUGAUUCAUCGGCGUUCUAAAUAAUCGAUCAAGAUCUAUGGCUCUAUGCCAUAAAACUGAAGAUCGUGUGUGGAACAUUUAAUCUUAAAAGUAUUAGUCAGUCAGUGAUGAUGGAGGAUGAAAGUCAGAUGUUGAAGCUGAAUAUCAAAGAGGAAGAGGAAGAAGAGGUGGAUCAUUUGAUUAACCAGAACUUUUCUGUAGUUGUGAAGGAUGAAAAUUUUACUUGGGAGUCACCUCAAUUUGACUGUAACCAUGGUGACCAGAGGAUAAAAAUCAAGGAGGAAGAGGUGGACCAUUUGAUUUAUCAAAACUUUUCUGUAGUUCUAAAAGAAGAAGAAGAGGUACCUGGCAUAUUGAGUCUCGACUUUAACCAUAAUGAUCUGCCCAUGUUGGACCCAAACAUGGAGUCGGUUAAGAUGGAGGAGCUGAGUGCUGAAGUCAAAGGAGAGGAGCCAGAAGUCCGAGCUCAUGAUCAUUCUGGAGUUCUGAAAGGACAAAAGGACGAGGAAACACAGGAUUGUUCUCACCCUGGAGGAUGCCCAAACAUUAGCUCGGAUUGUGGAGAAAAUUCCUUAUCAGAGCAGACGCCUAUGAAGGACUCAAAGAAUCCUCACUGCUGCACAGAAUGUGGCAAGUCUUUCUCCUUGGCAAGGCAAUUAACAAGACACCAGCUCACGCACACUGAAGAGAAGCAUUACCAUUGCUCUGACUGUGAAAAGAGAUUUCGUGAAAAGGGGAGUUUGGUAAGACAUCAGAGAAUACACACAGGUGAGAAACCUUAUAGCUGCUCUGAGUGUGGGAAGAGUUUUAAUCGAAAUCAAUACUUGGUACAACACCAGAGAAUGCAUACAGGGGAGAAGCCUUACCACUGCCCUGACUGUGGGAAGAAUUUCAGUCAACAUUCAACCUUGCUACAUCAUCAAAGAAUGCAUAAAGGAGAAAAACCUUACAAGUGCCCUGACUGUGGUAAGAGUUUCAGUCAAAAUUUCCAGGUGGUACAACAUCAGAGGAAACACACAGGGGAGAAACCAUUCAGCUGCUCUAACUGUGGGAAGCGAUUCAGUCAACAUCAAGACAUGGUUCAGCAUGAGAGGAUACAUACAGGGGAGAAACCAUAUACCUGCUCAGAUUGUGGAAAGAGCUUCAGUCAACAUUCAACCUUGGUACAACAUCAGAGAAUUCAUAAAGGGGAAAAACCUUAUAAAUGCACUGACUGUGGGAAGAGCUUCAAUCAGCAUUCGAACUUGGUGCUACAUCAGAGAACACACACAGGGGAGAAACCCUAUAGCUGCACUGACUGCGGGAAGAGUUUCAGUCAAAAUUCGAACUUGGUAAAACAUCAUAGAACACACACAGGGGAGAAACCUUUUAGCUGUCCUGUCUGUGGAAAGACUUUCUCUUGGCCUUCUACUCUUAAGAAGCACCAGUGCCGAAAACACUGUGGAAUAGCCUUACAUCUGUCUUGACUGUCACCUGGAUACUUGAAUGAUACAUGUAGUACUUCAUAAUUUUCAGGAAAUUGUGUCCAAUGAUUAAAUGCAUUGCUGCAAUGUCACAGGUGCAGUACCCUUAGACAGUUGCCCGAAUGAGUCGAAUCUGAAAACAUUCCUCUCAUAUCAGGAGAAGGCAAGUUAGUGAUGCCUUUUACACAUUAAACUUGACACAGCAACUGAACCUGACACACCAAGGAGCAUACAGAUGUUCUGAAAACAACAGUAGCAGCUUUAAAGAAACAUUGACCUGACUCCAGCGGUGGCCACAGUAUUAAAAAAUGCCAGAAAAUGUAUGGGAACAGUGCCUAAGCUAAUGGCACCAUGGAGGAAAUGGAAAGGUAGAGAAUAAAUUGGUGUCUGCCAAUUUUCAUGUUGCUACAUCCCUAAUUGGUAUGUGAUCAUUUAGAAAGCCCUUUCUGCUAACUCCCUCUCUGUCUCUGCAACCUGCUCAGAUUCGCCUUUAGUAGUAGCAGUACCCAGAUGCUGUUUAGGUGGUGACCAUGGCUUUUACUGAUUAGGCAACACUGCCUUCUCCUAUUUUAUACCAGAGGCUGGGAAAAGACUACCAUUGUGAUUGAAGUAGAUGUGAUUUAAUCAGUUCAGAAACGGAUUCUCUGUUCAGGAGCGUCACGGUUUCCUGACUGCUGAGUCAAGCUGUUGUGUUGAUUAUGAUGUGUUUUUGCAUUCAUGUAAUGUGGUAUUUAUUGCUGCUGCCUUAUUGGCCAAGUGUUGUGAAGAGCCUUUAUAAUUGGUCUCUUCCUGAUUAAAUAAACAUAUA